CUCAGCGCGAGCGCAUCAUUACUGAACCACUACACGGCGCGCGGACAGCUGUGGCCAACCAGUAAACAAAUCUAUAAGCCCAAAGGACUCUCUAUGGUUCCUGGUGACUCUCUUAUCAUGGGGAAUGGAUCGAUCAAAGCCUCUAGGUUAGAGGAGACCUGUCUGGCCUCCAGUAUAAAAGAAGCACCUGUAUGGGAGUCAGCAGAGCACCUGAAGAUGAGGAUUGCCCAAUUGGAGGACGAGUUGGCACGGAGAGACCAGGAGCUCCGUGCUCAGGAAAAGAGGUUGCAUAGCCUUCAAAGGGAGUUGGAGGCAAAGGUAUCUCAAAUCGAUAAACUCCAGGAUGCUAUUGGUUAUAACAGCCUCGGACGUUCUCCGCCGGCCCCUCUGAGGCACAGCUGCAGGCUCCUGAGUGUGAUCAACCAGGGCUCCACCAGGUUCCACAGAGUCGCUGUGGAGGUGCAUAGACGCCUUAAGGCCAAAGAGGGAGUUUCAGCCGAACCUACAUCAGGACACUUCUGUCACAACCACAGGGUGCAUCACAGCUCAACAGAGAGGGCACGGGUACGCAAAGACUCCGGCACCAAGAAACUGAUCAAUGAAGCCAUCAUGAACAAUGACUUUCUGAAGAAGCUGGAGCCUCAGCACACGAGAGAAAUGGUGGACUGCAUGUAUGAGAAGAUCUUCGCUGCUGAGCAGCUGGUCAUUCAGGAGGGAGAGCCGGGGAACUUCCUUUAUGUUCUCGCAGACGGUUUGUUAGAGGUAAUGCAAAAUGGCAAGUUGCUGGGUCAGAUGCGUCCCGGGACGGCCUUUGGAGAGUUGGCUAUUCUCUAUAACUGCAAAAGAACUGCCACAGUCAAAGCUGUCACUCAGUCUCACAUCUGGGCUCUGGACCGGCAGACGUUUCAAACUAUCAUGAUGAGAUCCAUUCAGGCCAGACAUGAGGAGUACUUCAGCUUCCUGCGCAGUGUAUCAUUGUUAAAAGACCUGCCAGAGGAGAAACUUGCCAGAAUCGUUGACUGUCUGGAAGUUGAUUAUUUUGAUAAAGGGGAGUAUAUUAUACGUGAGGGUGAGGAAGGAAACACUUUCUUCAUCAUAGCUAAAGGAGAGGUGUCUGUAACACAGACCACAGAGGGCUUUUCUGAACCUCAAGAGAUUAAGACUCUGGGAGUUGGUGAUUAUUUUGGAGAAAAAGCUCUCAUAAGUGAGGAUGUCCGCUCGGCUAAUAUCAUUGCAAAGGAAGAUGACACGCAGUGUUUGGUUGUGGACAGAGAUAACUUUAACCAGAUGGUGGGGACCUACGAGGAACUACAGGCCUACCUGAGAGAGUAUGUGGAACAGCUCUCUCUGAGCGAUGAGAGGAGAAACGCAGCGUCUCAGUCACCUCUGUCUGAACGCGGUCCUGAAGCGGCGGAGAUCAGAAGACUGAGGGAGAGGGCAGCUGCUUUGUCCUGUAGCAGCUUUCUAAAGGAACUGCAAAUAGUGGCGACAUUAGGCAUGGGAGGCUUUGGCAGAGUGGAACUGGUCAAGAUGAAAGAUUCAGAAGAUACAGCGUAUGCUUUAAAGUGUAUAAAAAAGAAGCACAUUGUGGACAGCAGACAGCAGGAGCACAUCUAUUCCGAAAAAAACAUCCUCCGGCAAACCAAUUCAAACUUCAUCGUCAGAUUGUUCCGGACGUUCCGUGACAAUAAAUACGUUUAUAUGCUGCUUGAGGUCUGUCUGGGAGGAGAACUAUGGAGCGUGCUGAGGGACAUGGGCUGCUUUGAUGAAGCUACAGCCCGAUUCUGCACUGGAUGUGUGCUGGAGGCUUUCGAUUACCUGCACGGAUCAGGCAUUGUUUACAGAGACCUGAAGCCAGAGAAUCUGCUGCUGGAUGCUGAAGGCUACGUCAAAAUGACUGAUUUUGGUUUUGCCAAAAAGAUUGGACUAGGCAAGAAGACUUGGACGUUUUGUGGAACCCCUGAGUAUGUGGCUCCGGAGGUCAUUAUGAAUAAGGGUCAUGACUUUGGAGCUGACUGCUGGUCUUUGGGCAUCCUUAUUUUUGAGCUGCUGAUUGGCAGCCCCCCGUUCACAGGUUCUGAUCCAAUCAGGAUCUACACUAUGGUUCUGCAUGGCAUUGAGAAGGUGGACAUUCCCAAGAGGAUCACCAAGCGUCCCGAGGAUCUCAUACGGAGGCUUUGCAAACUCAAUCCAGCAGAACGGCUUGGGAAUAAGAAGAACGGCAUCAUUGAAAUCAAGAAACACAAGUGGUUUCAAGGCUUCAACUGGGAGGGACUGAGAAGAAGGAAGCUGGCAUCUCCUCUGAGGAGAGAGCUGAAAGGGCCACUGGAUCACAGUCACUUUGACAUGUUUCCCCCUGAGCUUGAAGAAGCACCAGAUGAAUUGUCUGGCUGGGAUAAAGACUUCUGAGAACAAGUCAUAUUGUGCAGAGCAUCGCUUUGUUCUCCAAGUAUUUUUAGACCUCUUUUCUGGCCUGUUUGACUUUAUAAGUUAACAAAGGACCACACAAAAUCAAGACAGCCCACACACGUGCUCAAAUCUCAUAUCAAGUGAUUGGCGAAGAAUGUCUCAGAAGUCUCAGCGUUACCUCAGUAUGGAUGUUGACUCACUGAGCUGUUUGUUGUUUUGUACUAAUGUUAUGUUGGUAACGGUAUCUAACAUCUGACAUGGUAAAGUAGACAGUAGUCAAAAUUAAAUGGAUUAAGUAAAAUAGAGAAACACCCAGCAAUGGUUGUUUGUAAAAGCAAUGACAAAGUGUAAAAUAAUUCAUAUCUGAUAUUCAUUGACUUUCAAAGGAUCAGGCAUACUACAUUCGAAAGCGAAGAACGACCGUCUGUGACAUGCUUUCGAACAAAAAAUUUGAAUUUGUUUCACCAGUUAAGCGCUGCAAACCAAACAGAACACUAUGAUAAAGUAAGCGGUGUUCUGAAGUAUUCUGUGCCUGAUUUCAGUGACACUGGGCGGAGCAUACAUGAAUAUUAAUGAGUUUCCUGUUUCAUUUUAAAGCGCAUUGGUGGUGCUUUAAAGGUCACAUUGGUGCCCAAGGUCACUGAAAAUGUCAGGCGUAGAAUAUUUCAGAAGACCAAUAAAAACAUUCGAGCCACCAUUGCGUAAUAGGUAGGUGUGCUCCGCCUUAUUUGACAUGGGAAACUAUACUGGUUUCAUUCAAGAGAAAGUCAGGGACAGAACAAAAUCAGCACAAAAGUUACAAGAUAAGAGCAAUGCCAAAACUGUUUAUUCUUGUUAUUAUUAAUGCAAUCUUGAUUUUGAAUUUUAUUUCUUUUAUAUGUAUUUACUAAACACCUGUUCUUCUAUGAAACAUAUGGUGCAAAACCACACUCUCCAAUACUUUUCACCAAAAGAAAUGGUUGAUGUAUCAUCUUCAAAAACGGCUGUAUGCCAGAUGUUUAAUUUUGAGUUGCAAGUAUUGAGAUGCAUUUUCCU